UCUAGAUUGAAAGAUAACGUUAUGCAAUUUCAGAAAUCACCCGACCAAAAACCAACAACAGUUUUACCAGGAAGAGUUUAGAAGAAUGCAUCAAGACUUUUUUAAUUUCAAGGUAAACGAGCGCUAUGAUAGACGAAAGACAGAACAGGAAAGAGAAAAUGACGAAAGAUAUUAUCAGCCAUAUCCAGAACCAAUGAGGUCGUCAGAAAAGUCUUACAAUUCCCGAAACCACCAGGACGACGGCUACAUUGAAAAUACAGAGAGAACAUCAGCAAAGAGACCGGAACUGAGGCAGAGAACACCGUCCCCGUUGGAAAAUGUAUCCCCUAAGGAUCGAUUCAAAGAUGCCAAGGAGAAGUUUCUACUGAUGGAGAAAGAAAGGCUGGAACAGGAACGAAUUCGGGGCGUUGUGGAACCCCCCAUAUCUCCCACCAGGCGAGACAGAGGGGGUUACUGCAAAGACGAAGUCCCCACAAGUCCCACGAAAAGAUACAAUCACUUUGAAAUGCAAGAAAAAGAAAAAUAUUUUGGCAGUGACAGGUAUGAUUGUGAGGACGUGAUAUUCCCAAAGCCAGCUCCACGCAAACACGCACCGCAUCAGGAAGUGGGCGUCCGAAGGAGCGCCGAGGCGCCAGUCGAACGAUACCGGAUGGCCGAUAAAUACGAUCCGAAACGUAGGUCAAUGUUCAAUUUAACAGAAGAGGAGCAUAGACGCACCUGUAACGAAAUAGCGAAAGAAUUGAAGAGGAAAAGUUACAUGGAUUAUAAUAACGGACCAGUAACAUAUGACGAAGAAGUUUUUAGGGAAGCUGAUAGGGCGUUUCAUGAACUUCCAGAAAGUGAAAGAUACACCAGACUAGAUCAGCAGCAGUUCUCCAGGUCCUCUGCUGAUUUGGAUCGAUUAGGCGAGAUUAAAUCCCAGAUUAAUCACGAUUCCCGUUUCCUAAAGAACCAGAAGGGGAAGAAUCGUCACAGCUACGCCGAGCCCAAGCUUAGAACUGACCGGAACAACAUUAACAGGAAACAAUACCCGGAAAUGGUACAGAGGACCAACAGCUCCCUCUCCAACAACGGAAGAGUUGGACUGGCCAGUGUACACCCUUAUUAAUCAAUCAAUCAAUUAAUUAAUAUGUGUUUUUUUGUUAGACAUUUUGAACUUUCUUAAAAUGAUGCUACAUUUUUUUCAUUUUAAUAACUAAAAUAUUUUAUCUUUCACCUGACAAUAGUAAAUUGUUAUUUUUGAGCGCUUUAUCUAAGUUGUUUUCAUUUUUUUGCAACAGUUGUUUCCUUAAUAUGCAGUUCUUGCAUCUGCUGUUUUUUAAUAUCCAUUUGUUUUGCAACUUUUGUUUUUUAAACUUAAUUUUUGUAACUUUUGUUUUUUAAUCUUCAUCU